CAAGCGUAUCAACUAAUCCCAAAAGAACAAGAAUACCGAGCUUCCCAAACCAAUAAGGCUGCAAAGAAAUGUGGCUAUGGAAGUAGCUAGCAUGGGCCCCUUCUCGAGUUCUGCGUUAAUUGAGGAUGCCAAUAAAGAAAAGCCGUGGAUCGAAGCCCAUAUAAACGAAGCAGAUGUCAGGAAAAAUACGAAGCUUAUUGCACUAGAUCCCAGCAAAAUUGUGCGAGCGAACGGCACCUUUCGUACAAGUCCUAUAAGAGAGAUAAAGAUGAAGACAUUCCCCACGAUGAUUAAGUUCUCUACGGAAGGGAUAAUCUUUAACACUGUCAAAGCCGAUUCUGGUCCAAGGAGCUGCGUGAUUUUCGAUGUCAAAGGAUCCGAACCGUUCAGCGAAACGGCUUCCUCUUCCGACUCUUUCUGCUCUUCUUUGAGCACGGACGAGCCAAUUCGGGCAAUCGAUCGAAAUUGUGCUUCAAGUACACUUUUGGACUGUACCAGUUCUGGUUCCGGUUUCAGACAGCCCCACAAAAGAUGGUCUGCGCUGAAAUGUCUAGCAUGGCUCGGCAGUAGCAUCCAGGCUGUUAGCGACUCGCAGAACUUUAAUUCGAAUGCACACGCUAGUCCAAGUAAUGAGUCCGCCACCGAUCGAGAGACCAUCCUCCUUGCGGGUGGAACAGUAGCUUCACCCGUGGAGAGCUCCAAGAGGAGGAAGCGGCCAGCUUCUGCGUCACUCAGUGAGGCAAACUACGGGCUUGGGAUUCGUUCCGGUGGUAGACCUGCAGAGCUCCGGUCAUUGCGGUUUAGCGAGGACUCACAUCAUUCGCCUGAGCAAUUGCUGCCAGCCCCGUCGUUGGUGCUACGACAGUCUUCGCGUGAUCUGCCAUCCACGCCGACUCCGAGGGCCAGAUUUGUUACGCCGCCCAUACCGCAGUCGCCAGGGUUUCGGGGUUCUCCGAGUGAGAUCCCAACCACUCUAGCUCCGGAAGUCCCAUUUGUUACACCGCCGCCACCAUCGCCACGGCCGGGCAGAGUACCACAUCACGGCGCGUUAGUCUACCCACCGAUUUCAAAGAGCUACUACGGAGCCUCAUUUGGUGGACCACUAGUAUCACCAUAGUGGGCCCCAACACCAGACCGC